CUCUCUCUGUCUCUCUCUCUCGCGCGCGGUGGAUCACCAGUGGCGACGACGCUCUCCACCACCACCACCUCCCUCCUCCUCCUACGCAGUCGCCUCUGCCCCAUCAAUUUAGUCUAGGGUUUCCUCUCCGUCGCUCGUUCCCUUUUCGAAGAUGGAGGAGAAUCUCGAUGCUGCAAUAGAAUCUCUUUUGAAUGUGGAGAAGCAAAUGAGACUGGCGGGCGAUGUUGCAGGAACUAAGAAAGCCGUUAUUGACAUCAUCGAGCUAUGUUAUAAAGCUCGUGCAUGGAAGACUCUGAAUGAUCAGAUUGUUCUUCUGUCUAAGAGAAGAGGUCAGCUUAAGCAGGCUGUUACUGCUAUGGUACAAAAAGCAAUGGAAUACAUUGAUGAGACGCCUGACCUGGACACACGUAUAGAACUUAUCAAAACACUAAACAGUGUCUCUUCGGGGAAGAUAUACGUUGAGAUUGAGAGGGCACGCCUGAUUAAAAAACUAGCAAAGAUCAGAGAAGAACAAGGACUUAUUGCAGAGGCUGCUGAUUUGAUGCAAGAAAUAGCUGUGGAAACAUUUGGAGCAAUGGCAAAGACAGAGAAGAUAGCCUUUAUUCUUGAACAAGUUCGUCUGUGCUUAGAUCGGCAAGAUUAUGUCCGUGCACAAAUUUUGUCAAGAAAAAUUAGUCCUCGAGUAUUUGAUGCAGAUACAUCUAAAGAAAAGAAAAAGCCUAAGGAAGGCGAUAAUGUCGUUGAGGAGGCUCCUGCAGACAUACCUUCUCUCUUGGAGUUGAAGUGCAUUUACUAUGAACUAAUGAUUCGCUAUCAUUUUCAUAACAAUGAUUAUCUGGAGAUUUGCCGUAGUUACAAAGCAAUAUAUGAUAUUCCAUCUGUGAAAGAGGACCCAUCACAGUGGAUCCCGGUUCUUAGGAAGAUUUGCUGGUACCUAGUGCUGUCGCCACAUGACUCAAUGCAAUCGAGCCUUCUUAAUACUACUUUGGAAGAUAAAAAUCUUACUGAAAUUCCUAAUUUCCGAUUACUGCUAAAGCAGCUGGUUACUAUGGAGGUGAUUCAAUGGACUAGUCUUUGGGAGAUGUACAAGGAUGAGUUUGCUAAUGAGAAGAAUUUGCUUGGAGGCCCUUUGGGUGACAAGGCAGCAGAAGAUCUGAAACUGAGGAUCAUUGAACAUAACAUACUGGUGGUUUCAAAGUAUUAUUCAAGGAUUACCCUGAAAAGGAUUGCAGAUCUACUGUGCCUCAGCUUGCAGGAAGCAGAGAAGCAUCUGUCGGAUAUGGUGGUCUCGAAGUCUUUGGUGGCAAACAUUGAUCGACCAAUGGGGAUCGUGUGCUUUCAGACAGUCAAAGACAACAAUGACAUCUUAAACUCCUGGGCAUCAAACUUGGAGAAGCUUCUUGACCUCGUCGAGAAGAGCUGCCACCAAAUACACAAGGAGACCAUGGUCCAUAAAGCUGUCCUCCAAGCUUGAUAUCUGUAGCACUCCUUUUUUCUGAGUGCGCUUCCUUGUGCACCUGUAUUCUUUUGAUUGAAUUUGUCACCCUGCGGUGAUUUGCAAACGUCUUUUACUAUUCUGUUCUAGAAACUCACUGCAUGUAACUUUUGAUAAAGAAUUGAGUCACUCAUUACUGAGUAUUUAUAUGGUAUCAGUUGUUUGUUAUUA